ACAGGCUGGAUAUGAUUUCUAGUCACGUGACUGUGGAUUUUUAGUGUAUAAAGUAUCGUUUAUUUCUAUCCUGCUUAUUAUCUUGUCAUCUUUUUUUUUUUUUUUUUUUUUUUUGCGGUAGUGGUAGUUUCACUUUAAGGGCUCGUGCUCGCUCAGAAUCGCCAUUGUUGGGGCUCGCGCAGUGAUGAGCAGCGCUAGCAGCGUUGCUUCCGCCGUCAAACUGACAUCUACAUGCUAUCGGUCGCGAGUAGGAGCCUCGAGCUGCCGAGUGGGCUGCGUUUUAUUUUUUUUAUUUGUAUAUAAAUAUACAUAUUUUAUGUUUUUAAUAAUUCCACACGUGCAUUUCGAUAUUUGCUGAGACGACAUGAGAGCUCGCGCGUCGCCGGAGUGAAAGCGGAGCGGUUAGUGUGACACCUGGGUCAGCUGCGUCUCCGUCGUGACUGAAGGGGAAAAACAAACAAACAAACAAGCAAACAAACAAACAAACGUUAAUAUUUGCAGAGAUUCCCAGAAAGGCCAUUCCGCUUGAGGGUUUAGGAGUUUGAGGGGGAUGUGUUCAAGGCAAGAGAGGAUUCAAAAAGACGUCGACAUCGUAAUACAGAGGUGCCAGGCGGAGAAAGACUGCCUUUUCUCGGAUUUCCGAUUCGCCGACGCCACCUUCACCUUCACCUACUCGAAAGGAUCGAAAAGUGUGUCCUACUCUGUACAUGUCUCUGAUGAUUAUCCAGACAACACAUACGUCUCAAACUCGGAGAACAACGAUGAUGUAUUAGUCACAAGAGAUCCCAUCCCAGUUAUUUUCCAUAGAAUCGCAACAGAGAUAAGGACAGCUAACGAUGACAGCUGUCUUUCCAUCAAGUCAAGGCUUCAGAUCGACAAAAACCCAUGCCAUUACACUGUAGAAGAGGAUUCAGAGGGAGAUAAUGACUCUGAAGAGUUCUACUAUGGUGGUCAGGUGAAUUAUGAUGGAGAACUUCACAAACACCCACAGCUGGAGGCUGACCUGGUUGCCGUGAGGGAGUUAUAUGGCCAUCAUGCAGUAUCUCUCAGGGAAUAUGGUGCAAUUGAUGAUGUAGACAUCGAUCUACACAUUGAUGUCAGUUUCCUCGAUGAGGAAAUUGCCCUUGCCUGGGAUGUGAUCAGGACUGAACCUGUUAUUGUACGUCUUCACUGCUCGCUCACACAGUAUCUAAAUGGACCAGUUCCCACCGUUGAUGUAUUUCAAGUGUCCACAAAAGACAGGUUUGGCCUGGGACAUCAACUGAAAAAGAUAAUGCAGACCUUUGUCACACAGCAGUGGAAGCAUCAUACUAAAGACAAGCUUAACUGCCCACAUAGCAAAAAGCAGACAGAUAAGAAGGUGAAGUCUCCUCUGCAUAUCUUCUCAACUCUCCGCAGAUCCCCUAGCUAUCCCCCACCCGGCUGCACAAAGAACAAAAAGAAACUGAAGCACGAGCAGGAUGGUGUGUCCAAAUCGCAUCGCCUCUUGCGUCGUACGUGUUCCAGCGCAGUGAAGCCUGAGGUGGACGGCUGCGCUGGAAAGCCACGUAAACUCCUGGGCCCUUCACUGUCGGAGCAGACGCCCGGACUCAAACCACCUCAACAGCUCUUGCUGAGACCCGAAGACAGCGUGAUCUCACGGCCUCACCGACUCCUGCCACGCUCCGGCUCGGGUGAGCCUCGGUGUGAACGUAGCACAGGUGGCGACAGUAGCAGCCUUCUGAAGCCCCACCGGCUCCUGCACCGCACCGAUGAGCUGGACGGUCUCAAGCACCACCAGCGGCUCCUCGGCAGGUCCUGCUCCAGCAGCGCCAAGAUCACCAAAGGCGAACUGCUCAAGGAGCCGUCUGGAGAGAGCCGUCGCCUCUCGCUCACCUCAGGGCUCAUAGGCAUCCUGGCCCCGGCACUCUCUCCUGCACCGCCGCCAAACAAUGGAGCCAAAUCUAUACCAGUCAGAGACCGUGGCUUUCUCGUCCAGACGAUGGAGUAUGCAGAGCAAAGGAUCCCAGUCCUGAAUGAAUUCUGUGUGGUCUGUGAUGAACCUCAUGUGUUUCAAAAUGGACCAAUGCUCAGGCCCACAGUGUGUGAGAGAGAGUUGUGUGUCUUUGCCUUCCAAACGCUAGGAGUCAUGAAUGAGGCUGCUGAUGAGAUCGCCACAGGUGCCCAGGUUGUUGACUUGCUGGUCUCCAUGUGUCGAUCUGCGCUGGAAUCACCGAGAAAAGUAGUCAUUUUUGAGCCAUAUCCCUCUGUAGUAGAUCCCAGUGACCCACAGUCCUUGGCCUUCAACCCGAGGAAAAAGGACUAUGAUCGGGUAAUGAGAGCUCUUGAUAGCCUCACGUCUAUCAGAGAAAUGACCCAGGCACCAUAUUUGGAGAUAAAGAAGCAAAUGGACAGAAUUGACCCCCUGGCUCACCCACUAUUGCAAUGGGUCAUAUCUAGUAACAGAUCUCACAUAGUGAAGCUACCAGUGACCAGACAACUGAAGUUUAUGCACACCCCACACCAGUUCCUCUUACUCAGCAGCCCACCGGCCAAAGAAUCCAACUUCAGAGCUGCCAAAGGCCAUUUUGGGAGUACCUUUGCUUUCCAUGGGUCCCACAUAGAGAACUGGCACUCCAUUUUGAGGAAUGGUUUGGUUGUGGCCUCUAAGACGAAACUCCAGCUCCAUGGCGCCAUCUAUGGGAGUGGAAUUUAUCUCAGCCCACUGUCCAGCAUAUCCUUCGGUUACUCAGGGAUAAACAAAAAGCAGCAGAAAAUCGCGUCUAAAGACGAAACUGCUACAAACAAGACCAAUAUUCAUCUGCAGUCACAGAAAAAAGGUCAGCAGCCACAGUUUCUGCAGAGUCGCAAUCUGAAAUGCAUAGCCUUAUGUGAAGUUAUUACUUCACCGGACCUUCACAAGCAUGGCGACAUCUGGGUAGUCCCAAACACUGAUCAUGUCUGCACACGAUUUUUCUUUGUCUAUGAAGAUGGACAGGUGGGGGACACAAGCAUCAACACGCAGGACCCCAGCAUCCAUCGAGAGAUCUUACGAGUCAUCGGCAACCAAACAGCCACAGGAUGAACGACUCCAAAAGCAAUACUGCUGCCUAAAACUGCCCUCCUGACUCAGAGCUGGAUAUUUGAGCAUAGGAGGUUUUAUCAUAGGUAUUUUACUCACACAGAACACAAGACAAGAGAGAAAAUAUCUACAAAAUCACAGACAGUUACCCAUUUACACAGUACUUACACUGGCUAAACCACACUCUGAACAUUUUUUUGCCAGGUCUAUUAAUACAAUAUUCAUUUUUAAAGGUUGUGGUACGUCUCACGGUCCAGCUGACCGUGUUUUUGUUACGAGUUAAGAAAGAAAUGAUCGUUCUUUCCGUAACAUUUUGAGACUUCUGUCGGAUGUUAUUUGGCCUUUUCUGCAUUGUUUACUAAGAAUUGGACUACAACUUUGUGCUUACCGAAGGUGUUGAUAUGCACUUUAUUUUUUCUUAAUGUACGGUCUUAGUUCCAACUUUAUUCUAUUAAAAAAUGCCUUUAAAGACAGUGAAUGGCGUAUUGAUUUUGGUGAAAGGUGAGCAGAGCAGAGAUGGUAAGAGCUGUGUUUACAAAUCCCAUGUUCCUGAGCUACAUGAGUUAUUACAUGCUACCUGGCAGUAGCUGUUGGUUUACAGUUUCCAAAAAAGAAGUCACGGUUUCUCCCCUCUGAUUUCCUGUAUUUUUUUUCCCCCAACCCGAUGACUGUGACAUUAGGUUGCCAUUUUGGUAUGAUCGUCAUGAAAAGAUUAAGUAUUUAAUAUAUAUUCGAAUGACACUGAUGGGAAAACAAAAUGCAUGUGGCUUUCCUUACAUUUUCAGUCAGUUUGUGUUCUUAGGUAUGUUAAUAGCAUUUUUAUACAAGACAAACUGGCACCCAGUUACAAAAUGUAUUUAAAUAUUUCAGUAUAUAUCUUUUUGUAAUGGUGACUUAAGAUGGAAUAAAAGCUUGCAGCAGUAUUUAUGCUUUAUGGUCCAAUCUAAAUGAGAGCGUCCUCCACCACUACUCUGCUAUUUCUCUGAGGGCAUUGAGUUCUAUCAGAAGACCCCUUCGAAAUAAUAAAAUGAUCAUUUUUUACUAACUCUUGAUAAAAGUAUACAUUAACCCAAUUAAAGUGCCACAAAGGCAAUCGUUUUAUAUUUCUAUAUAUAAUAAAUGUAUGGAUAUAGAAAACGAUUGACUUUUGUGAGCUUCGGAUCUGGAGUGAGCUUUGUUCAGAUGUAAAAUGAAAAUAAUAUCGGACCGUGUCCCAGUCUCAAAGUUAAAUGCUCAAGCUUUAAAUGCUCAACCCUUGGACAGCAAUGAUUCUCACACAAAUAAAACUCAAAACAUGGCUUUGACAACGGUUUCUAAAUGAAGUGUGCUCAGUGUUUUGUUUGUAUGGUUUUGUAUAUUUCACUGAACUAUCAUGCCACUUAGCAUUUGGUGCCUUACAGUGAAGGAUUAUUGGGGAAAUAUAUAACAAAAACUGUACAUACUGUAAAUACUGCCAGAACAACAUGGAGUCCAACUAUUUUCUGUAUUCAGUUUUUACUUUUUUUCUUUCGUUCGGGAAAAGAUCGAGCUUUGGGUCUUUUUACAAGUUCUGGAAACAGUAGCUUAUGUACCUGUUUAUGUUCAAUAAAGUUGAAUUUACCUAUAAA